GGACUUGUUGUUGGGUCGCGCAGUCUAAAAAAAAAAAAAAAAAAAAAAAAGGCAGACAAGGGUGCAGACGAGACGCAGUUUGCCGCGGAGAGCCCAGCCGAUCUGAAGCAAAAUGACCACAGUGGAGAAGAGAUAUGACCCCAAAGACACCACGCUGAAAUUUGUCAACAGGCCAGAUGAUCUGGAUCCACUUCCCCCUGAAGAAGGAGACUUGAAUCUUAGAGCAGAGAUGUCCUGCGGCCACGCCGUCACCCCGGAGUCUCUCACUGGAUGGUGUCGCAGCCUGCUGGAUCAGGGCCAGUACAAAUUCAAGUGUCCUGCUUUGAAGACCGGCACCUUGCAGAAGUGUGGCGCUGUGUGGUCCUAUCAAGAGGUGCGCAGGCUGGCUGUGCUGACGGCUGAAGAGAUGGCGUAUUUUGAGGAGAAUAUGGCACGUCUGGCCGCCACAGAAUACUGUGAAUAUAAGUCAUGUCCUGGGUGUAAAAGCUACGUGGAGAGAGAGGACCUGACUAACCUCAGUGUGCGCUGUACAGUCUGCACAGCAGACAUGAAGAAGGUGUACGAGUUCUGCUGGCAGUGUCUGAAGCCUUGGAAAGGAGCAGCUCCACGAUCCGAUCGCUGCGACAACGAUGGCUGCAUCAACCACGACUUAGAGCUCCUCAAGAACUGCAACACGACCGUCCUCACAGAGGUGCAGGGAGUGACCGCCUGUCCCUCCAUCCGAGUCUGUCCCACCUGUGGUCAGAGGGUGGAGCACGACAAGACAGGCUGCAAGAACAUCAUCUGUCCUCGCUGCCAGGUUGAGUUCUGCUUUGUGUGUCUGAAGCUGACUCCUGAGUGCCUGGAGACCAGCUCUUACUUCAUCGCCUGCAGUGACGGUGUGGCUCCCAGGCAAACAUCCAUCCCUGUGUGGCACAGAAACUAAACAGCUUCACACACUCAUUUAUUAUUCAUGCAUGCUCACAGCUGUCUCCUAUCUGGUUAGAAUUCAUCUUUUAUUGCAUCAGACGCGAAAAACAUUACAGACCUGCUUGUUUGUGCACAUUAAAUGACAUUAAGACAGCUGCAUUCUCUUAUUACUUCACUGUGUUUUAUUACAUGCUGCAUUAAAACUGCUACUGAAGAUUGUUCCCUGAUUUAAUCACUGCAUCAUUUAAUAAAGUUUCUGUCUAAAUAAACACACACUGAAAUUCA